AUGCCUCCAUCAACACAGCCAGCUAGAAAACGAAAUGCCAAAAGGCAAACCCGCUUAACCUUCACUUCCUUAACGUCAUCCUCACCCGGACUGGAGCGAAGCCCUGGGAAUGAGAGAGUCGCAACCAUGCAAUUCAAAAAUGACCUUAGUUCACCCAGUUCAAGCAGGCGGAUCGUGGAAAAGGAAGGGCAGAUCCCGAGCCUUUUCCAAUCAAGCGAGCGAGAGGACAUUUCGUCAGAUGAAGAAUCUAUUCGCGCUCCUUCUUCAAGCCGCAGGCCCUUGAAGCGAUUAAAUAUCGAAGAUAUGGAUGAAGAUGACAAUGAUGGGGAGGAGUCUGAAGAUAUUAUCUGCUCAUCGCCCGCAAAACGGCGGAGACUAAAUCUGCAGUCUAAAGGCUCAAAGGAACAUAUCCCUCGUAACCGUGCUGAGCGAGAUAGACUAGAUCUAAAAGAGGAUCUGGAAGAUCUUCGCGAUUCGGCCGUGACAAAGACAAGAACUCGAGGAAGAGCAGCAGAUAAAGCUAAGCUUAAGCGGCAAACCCAACUAGAAGCUCUGAGACGUCGGAGAGCCGGGGGGAAGCGCGGAGUGAUAUCCGUGGAAUCAUCGGGAGAAGAAUCCAACGCAGAACAAAGCAAAAAUGGAUCUUCAUCGGAAGAAGAAAGGGAGGAAGAGGAAGAAGAAGAAGAAGAAGCCUGGAUAAAUCUCGAUGAGGAUAGUGACAUUGAACCCGCCAGCCCUGAAGACCUUGACAAAUACGAGGAUGAUUUCGUCGACCAAGGUGAGGAUGGAAUACUCGGUGCUCCAGAUGAACUCAAUGAUAUCCCUUUCGAAUUUACAAGACAUCGAUACAAGCGCUUGAGAGACCAUUUCAAGGACGUGGUUGAGUGGAUGGUGCAUAAUAAACUGAAUCCUGCAUUCCCUCGUGACGACGUUGUCUAUCGCGUCGCCUUCAGCAAAGUAAAUGAUGAGGUAAUGGGUCUUGCAGGGUCACAACUUAUUUCCUCCGCGUGGAACAGAGACUUCAGGAAAGCUCUUGAAGCCAGGCCGGGCCUCGAUGUCACUCUAUAUCCCAUUUCAAUGGGCCACUCAUGCGACGCUUGCAAUAAAACUAACCACCCCGCUUCGUUUGAUAUUAAACUUGAUGGAAAACCCUACUUGCUUGAGACACUGGAACCCAUAUCUGAUGACGAUGACGAGGAUAGCGACAGCGAUGAGCAAGACGAUGAUGAGAGUGGGGAUCACAAACCUGGAAAUAUCGAUCGUGGAGGCAAUGAGAUCCCAGAUGCAAGCACUCAUUUUUACUUGGGAAGACACUGUAAAACCAAAGCCAUUAUGGCGCACACACUCAUCCAUUGGCGCUACCACCUCAACGAAUGGAUCGUCGAUUACCUCCAACGCAAAGGUAUAUUUUCCGACGCGGAGAUCCUAGAACGCGAGCGCUGGAGCCAGAAACGACGUACGAAAUACGCCAACCAGGUGGUAGAUGAUAUGGACGAAGUUGCUGAAAUCAAUCGGCUGUGGAGAGAUUUCAAUACAAAUUUGAAGGCAGCCAGAGAGGCAAAGGAAUCUCGAUGGUGA